GAUGCUUUUGCCGGAGUGAGAUGGCUGUCUCCGAACAGUUUUUUCUUUUGCUAUUUAUAGCAGCGUUUUUCGACUUAAAAAAGUAUUUUUGUAAAGCCUGCAUUGCCAGCUAUAAUUUUACACCAUUAAGUGACAAAUUGAACUUGGUUUAAAUCCACAGCUGCCGUAACAUUUUUGCACUCCGGACACCAGUAAGUGGCCAAAAGCCAAACGCAUGGCGGUUCUGGAUGAGUACAACUAAGUCCUUUGUAAUCAUGAUGCCCAUCUCUAUACAGGUUCCCUCCAAAUGUUUACAAAUCUGUCCAAGGCAUGAGCACGAACAGAAUAUGUAUGUUCUUGACAAAUCAGUCACGAGGAGGCGAAUCAUUAAAACCAAUUGGAGAGUUUUGCUGUGUUCAACCUACAACGUGAGCUGGGAGGCGGGUGCAAGUCGCUGACGAGUUGAGACGUUUCCGGCGCUGAAUUGCGAGUGAUUCUCUUAUUUGCAUUGCCGUGACACGGUGGUGGCGCGUUGGUAGGCGGUGGUCUGUGGUAGGUAGUUAGGCGUGUGGUUUUCUAUGAAUGUUCGUUGCAUCUUGCCAAUUAAUGCGGUUCGUCGUCAGUGGUAGGUUAAAUUAUAUAAACCUGUAAGUUAGAGUUGGUGUGCAUUGGCAUAGGAAGUGAGAGCUUUGCGAAUCUACGGGAAGGUGCGAUUCUGGUACUUGUUUCUCAUUUCCCGGUAUUGUUCAAAGGUGGUUCCAUUUAACAUUCACAUGCUUUAUUUCUCACAUUUCCAUACGUGGUUUAUCAUACACCUAGGUGGCAAUGCAGGCUACUUGCUAUUGGGCAUCUUAGUCUGGUGUGUGCAAGACUCUUGCAGGUAUUGUGCUCUUGCAGAUAUCAAUGCAUGGCUCCUGAUGGAAACAGCAAGUCUCAAGCUGUUGCACCUUCUGGUUGUAUUUUGUCCUGACACAAAGAGAUUUUAGGCUAAUGGAAACAUCUCCCAGCAUUGAGGGCAGCAACACCACUCAUGAGAUUUUCCCAGCUAAGACAGAGCACACAGCAAUACGGAAGAGUUCGCUGAGCAAGUAUUUCCCUGCCCGCCUUGGCGAUGUAGCUCGUCAGGACACCAUGCUGAGUGACACACGACCGGCGGCCGAGGCGAUGGCCUCGUCGCGGCCGUUCGCGGCGGAUGCGCGCCACACGGUGGGACCGCACGGCGACGGUCGGCCGCUGGCGCAGGCCGGCGACGCGGCCGCGCUCGAAAACGGCGGCUUCCAGCAGGCGGUGCUGAGCGACCUGCGCCGCUUCAGCACCGAGAGCGAGCACGAGCUGCGCCACGACGCGCGCGUCAAGACGGAGUGCGGCGCCGACACGGCGUCGCCGCCGCCACUGCCGGCGGCGCCUGCAGACGAGACGCGCGACCGGCACGUAAAGACGGCCCGGCCGCACAAGCCGCCAACCGGCCGCCGGGAGUCGACGGCGGAGGGCAGCGCGGUGCGGCCGGCUGUGGCGGCCACGCCGCCGGCGGCCGCGUCGCCGCAAGGGCCGCAGCCCGGCUACCAGCCCAAGAAGGAGAUGAAGCCGGUCGACCUGUUCGGCGCCUGCCGCGGCGCCAAGGCCGACGCCAAGCACGUAAACGGCGGCGAGCGCGGCCACGGUGGCAGCGAGCGCAAGAAGGAACACCGGCGUGACAAAAGCUGCCGCCGCUGCCACGAGCGCAGCCGGCUCAAGCGCUACAACAUCGGCGUGCAAUGCCGCCGCGACAAGGGCCAGGAGCGACUGUCGGCAGGCGGCGUGCCUCGGCCGCUCGCCUCCAACUACACCCAGCACGGCCUGGAGCGGCACAAGUUCGGCCGCUACAUGCACAUCGAGGUCGAUCCGAACGGCGGCGCCACCGUGGUGCACAUGUACCAGGACCAGAUCGGCGCCCUGGACCCCGUCCAGACCCAGCAGCUCGUCACCGAGUUCUUCCAGGAGGUGUUCGCGGAAGACCGUCACGGCUGGGCGCGUCACGUGAUGGGUAUCGUACACGGCGCUGCGCAGUACCUACCCGACCUGCUGGACCACAUGGGCUCCAACUACCCCAACAUCACCGUCAAGAACGGCAUCAUCGGCAGCAGCAACAAGGCCGACAUCGAAACACAGACGCUGGCUUCCUACAAAGAACAGGUGCACAAGCACUACGACCGCGGCACGUUCCGAUACGGCCCCCUGGACCACAUCAGCCUGGUGGGCACCGUGCACGAGGAGUGCGGCGGCUACUACCCGGAGCUGCUGGCCGAGUUCGAGCGCAGUCCGUUCCUGCGCGCCGUCAUGCCCUGGGGCCCCAUGUCCGUGCUGCACAAGAUGGACCCGCGCAAGUCCAACGACGGUCCCAUACUGUGGGUGCGACCCGGCGAGCAGCUCAUACCCACCAUCGAGCUCGGCAAGAGCCCCUUCAAACGGAAACGGAACGCCGCCAUCAACGAGCUGCGCAACCUGCAGUACCUGCCGCGCAUCUCUGAGGCGCGCGAGAUCAUGUUCGAAGACCGGACGCGCGCGCACGCCGACCACGUGGGCCACGGCCUGGACCGUAUCACCACCGGCGCUGUCGGCAUUCUGAAGGCAGUCCACUGCGGCGAAAAGUACAAGUACAACCGGAUCACGAAAGACGUGGUGGCGUUCCACGCCCAGGACUUCAACACAAUAGUGGAGAAGCUGCAACUGGACCUCCAUGAGCCGCCUAUGUCGCAGACCAUCUACUGGGCUGAGGACGCCAAGCUAAAUCAGCUGCGGAGGGACGGUGUGCGCUACUCGCGGAUCCGGCUGGCCGAUAACGACAUCUACUUCCUGCCCCGCAACAUCAUCCAUCAGUUCCGCACCGUCACCGCCGUCUGCAGCGUCGCGUGGCACGUGCGGUUGAAGCAGUACUACCCGGACGUGGAGGAACCGGAGCAGAGCGAGGCGGCGGCGGCGGCGGCAGCGGCAGCUCCGCCGACUCCGCCGGCCCCGGAGCAGCCGGCCGCCCAGACGCCGACACCGGCCUCGACGCCGCAGUCAACACCGCACUCGACGCCGCACUCCACUCCGCGCUCGACCCCGCACAAGAAGAAGAAAAGGCACAGGGACCGGGAGGACUCGGAGCCGCGCCGCAGCCAUAAGUCGCGACCGGCGAACGGCGAGCGGCCGCGGUCGGGUUCCACACCGUCCGCGCACCGCUCGGCCGGUCACAAGUCGGCGCCGGCCGCCAGUCCGGCCCGCCAGCCGACCGGCCAGUUCGCCAGCCCGGCGCCCAAGGAACUGACGCGGUCGGCCAGCCCGGCGGCGGCCAAGGAGGCACGGCGUGUGGACAGCCCGGCUCGCAGGGAGACGAGUUGUGUGGAUGGCCCCGCGCCUGCUGAGUCUGGCCAUGUGGCCAACCCGUCGUCCGCGCAGGCGGUCCGUUCGGCCAGCCCGGAGCGCCAAUCAAAUGGCUCGGCCUUCUCCAGCGGCGCAGCGUCGAGGCAGCCAGCUGACUCGGUCUCUGCUGCUGCCGCCGAGCCGUCGGAGCAGCCAGCUGUCGGCGCUCACGGCGCUCCGGCGGAGCCGAGCAGCGUGAGCUCCGAGCUACUGACGACCACCAAUGAUCGGUCGAGCCAGCCGGCCGGCGAGGCCUCUGAAGCGCCGACCUACCGUUCACCGGAGCGGCCAGCGCCGUCGGCCGGCCGGACGGCGGCCUCUGCCGACGCGCUGUCGGAGUCUGGUACCGCUCCGGCUGUACGCCAGGCCGCCCCGGACGGCGGCGAAGCGCCAGCCCCGGGCGAACUGCGACAGUUCGGGGCCCACGCCGCAGACGGCAGAUAACAUGGCCGCCGGUGAGUUGCCACCAGAGGUCAGCCGGUCGGCGGCAGCACUACCUGAGCCCGAUGCCACCAGCUGCACGCCCAAGUCGGAGCCAGGCUCUGCCAGCCCUGCUUCGCGCGUCGAAGUCGGUAGUCCUUCGCAGGAGCCGCGGGCUGGGGGCAGCUGUACCAUACCAAAAUAUCUGCCUGAUGCGGACAGCCCUGUCCCGUCUCUGAUGGAUACCGGCAGUCCGGUUCGGAAGCCACGGACCGAGUCCAGCAGUCCAGCGCUCAAGUCACGCACUGAAUGCGGCAGUCCCACGCCAAAGGCGUGCGCCGAUGCCAGGAGUCCAACCUGCAAGUCGCGCACAGAGACCGUCAGUCCGGUCCCGAAGCCGCGAACCGAGUGCAGUAGUCCGGCUCCAAAGGCACGGACCGACUCCGGCGGUUCGUCGCUGCACUCCGGCAGCCCAGCGCGUAGGUCGCGGUCCCGAGCCGGGCAGCGGCGCCGCGCGGUCGAAGCAUCGCUCCGAGUCGAGCGGCGGCGUGUCCAAAC